AUCGUGCUGCGCAUCGGUCUCCUCGGCAUCCUGAUCAACGUAGCGGGCUCGGCAGAGCCCCUGGGCUUCAGGCCCAUGACGCCGCAGCGCGGCCAGCGCAUCGGCGAGUCGCGGCUACCGGCACCACAGUGGGGACAGCAUCACGAGCAGAACGUACAGGGUCUGCCGGCGGCAGAGCUGGCACAGCAGAGCACAUCCAAGGUCCCGCCGUUCUGGGCUCCGUACCUCGAGCAGCGCGGGUACCCCUUCAGGCUCUGGGUCCAGGACGUGAUGCUGUGGUGCGCGGCGACGGAGCUGCAACAGCACCAGCGCGGCCCGGCAAUCGUCCAGCGGCUCGGCGGCACUGCGAGGGACCUCUGCCGCGAGGUGCCGGUCGAGGCCAUCGCUCACGGCAGGUUCGACCAGCUCGGCAACCUGGUCGAGGAUGGAGUGCAGAUGCUGAUCACCGGACUCAGGCGGCGCUUCGGCCCGCUUGACGUACAGUCAUCGAUCAGCACCAUCGUCGAGCUUCUCACAUUCCGCAGGCAGGAGCGGGAGAGCGUCGAUGACGCGAUCACGCGCUUCGAGGCUCUGCGCGCCCGAGUGGCGCAGCUGGACGACCCGUUCGUGCUGCCGACGCCGGUGCUCUCGCUGUUGUUUCUGGAGGCCCUGCAUGUGCCCAAGGCUGUGUACCCCCUGGUGCUGCAGUCCAACAGCGGCCAGCUGCCAUUGACGAUCGAUCAGCUGAACAGCGUGAUCGGGAUGGUGCGGCAGCAGGGCCACUUCGCGGAGCACACUCACGCAGGACCUCAGAACUUGGCUGAAGGGUACCGCGGCAAAGGAUAUCACGGUCAUCAUUGGUUCACGGGCGAGAAUGACAGCGGCGCAAACACCUGGAACGACACGGCCGCCUACAUGUAUGGUCAGAACGCAGCCAGCGCGGCAGGGAGCGCUGGAUCUGCACCGCAGCACUACGUGGUCCAGGACGACGAGGGCUACGAUUGUUGCGCCGUCUGCUCGAGCUACCUGCACGAGGACGAGCCCGGGGGCGAUGACUCGAUGACCGACGACGACGACUUGGACACUUCCCAGUUCACUCAGGAAGAACUGCAGGAGUAUUAUGGUGACUCCGAGGGCUGGGACUACGACACCCUGCUACAUGAGUACCUGUUCGCGAAGCGCAGGUUUCGCCACUUCGUCCAACUCAACAGCCGCCGCUCUCGUUUCCCGCGCAGCAACUGGUCUCUACGCAUGAACAGCGGCAAGGGCGGCAGCAGCUUUGGACGCGGGCGAGGCCACGGCAAGGGAUACCACUUCGGCGGAUCGGUGGUGAACCCAGGCUCACUGGCGGGAGGAAAAGGUAAGAAGAAGAAGGGCGGCAAGCACUACAUGGCUGGCACGCCCGGCGCCACCAAUCCCCGAGGCAGUGACGGCCGCACGAUGCGGUGUCACGAGUGCGACUCGGAGACUCACCUCGUGGCCGCCUGUCCCAAGCGUAAGGGCAAGGGCAAAGGCAAGCACUUCAUGUCCUGGAACACUGGCAGCGCCGCGACGGGGACGCAGCAGGCCGGGGCUCCUGCCGCCGACCCAACGUUGGCCGCCUAUGCGCCCGUGCCCGCGCAGCCGCGGACUGGAGCCUUGUCUGGAGUGCUGCACUGGUUCACUGAGGACGCCAGGACGCCCGGCCUGCAGAUCGACGAUCUUGACGAGGACACCUCCCGCGAGGCUCUGAGCUGGGAGACCCUUGACAUGCGCGACAACGUCGCGGAGCACGACAUACUGACGGAGAUCCAGGCCAGCAUGCUGGACCGAGCUGUGGAGGAGCAGCCUCCGGCGACAGUUGGGCGAUCAGCGGUCGUGACCAGCCCGACAUGGUUCCCAUGGUGGCGAGUGGAUCAGUUCGAGAACGCCAGCGGGGAGACCUACUUGGUUCGCACCCGCAUGAAGGACAGGAGUGGCGAGGCUCUGCUGGUGGACCCCGGGAGCCCAGGCAACCUUACUGGCGACGAGUGGGGCAACAGGAUGGCAGCGCGACAGCAGCAGGCAGGACGUCCACCGCCUGUCCGCACCCCACUUGACCGGGUGCUUGAGGUUGGUGGUGUGGGCUCAGGAUCUCAGCAGGCCACGCGCGCCCAUCGCUAUCAACUGGCGCUGCAGGGGGGACAAGCCGCGACCUACGAGGCGCCGGUGCCCCCGAACAGCAGCGUGCCGGCACUGCUCGGGCGAGCACCGCUGCGGGACCAGCGCAUACUGCUCGACUGCUUCAACAAUCGCAUGUACCGCAUCGGCCCGGGCGGCUACUCCCUGCAGCUGAGCCCAGGAUCAUCGCAGUACCAUCUGGAAGAGAGCCACGCCGACGGGAACAUCGGGGAGUUCGGGACCCACGAGGACGAUGGCAUUGGCGACUUCGACGACAUCAGAUCCGACAUCCUUACCUGCAGCAACCGCACCGACUACCGCAUCCACCAGGACGGCAAGCAGGAAGACAACUACGGCGACGUCAUCCGGGAAGUACAGGGGAGACCGCCAUCGGCAUGGGUGUUCGGCGACUUGCAGAACCUGUGCCAGAACGCGCUGCACGGAUGCGGAUAUGCGGCGGGUCGCAACUGUGAUGUUCACAGAUUCCUCGGGCAGGAGGAUAAGUGGGCGGAUUCCUUGCGCCACCAGCAGCCGGAGCUCGUUUGGAUCAGCCUGGCUCAGCCGGGCACGUCGCGAGGCACUCGCAACGACAAGCGAGCCAAGCGCUUCGAAUGUAAGAUCGCUCGAGCUCAACUUGAAGGGCAUCGCUGCUGCAUCGUCGAGGCGGACCAGGGCAGCGCGGCGUGGGACGUGCCCGACAUCCUGGAGCUGCUGGACGACAGGAGGUGGCACUCAGGUGAGCGACGUCGCCCUGGCCGAGUAUCAUUCGCGGACGACGUCGACGAGACCGGCUGCAAGGUGAGCGCGCUGACCGCGAGCUUUCCCACCGAGCAGAGGACGCGCGACAAGGCGCGCAAGGCAGCAGACCCGGAGCGCAAGGUGAAGAAGAGGCCACAGACAGUGGAGCAGGUCUUCGACGACUGCGGCUCCGAUUUCACGAAACUCUACGUAGCGAACGAAUACGAGCUGGACGAGGUGUGCUACGGCACCGAGCUCAGGGAGGACCAGCACAUCGAUGAGCAACCGUACAUCAUGAUGUCCGAGUUCUUUGGCAUGAUCGGCUCGGAGGCGCACCUGAACGAGAAAGACGAGCAGCAUAACUUCUUCAGCUCAGUCAAGGACAUGGACACACACAUGAACCUCUACUACGGCCACCUGCAGCGCGACGACGUCGCGGAGUUGUGCGGUGGCGCAUCUGGAACAACCCGGCUACUCGUGCGACGAGGACAUCGGGGCGGUCCCAACUUCGAUCUCAUUUGCGAUUGCAAUUUGAUGACGCACGAGGGCCAGAGGCAGUUUUGGGAAUAUCUGUAUCAUGGCAAGCCUCUUGUUUUACUCAUUAGCACGCCCUGUACGAGCUUGAAGGGGUUUUCGGCGCUCAACAAGGUCAUCAACUACGACGGUUGGCUUCGCAGUCGCAAGACAUCAGUGGGGCUGGCCCGCAUCGCCGCUGCAGCGGCGUGCACUCAGAUGGACGCCGGACGCCACUUUGUGUCGGAGCAGCCGUUGGGCAGCGACUUCUACAAGCUCGACGACUGGCAAUUCAUCGCCAACAACUACGCGCUGGCGUGGUGCCAAGUCGACCAGUGCAUGGCCGGCAAGAUCGGGCGGCGAACGGGACUACCGAUCAAGAAGUCCUCUGAGUUCUGGGCUUCGGACGAGCGCCUGCUCGCCGGACUCAGGAAGUUUCGCUGCGACGGCCAGCGCGAUCACGCUUUGCUGGCCCAUGGUGGCCGAGGACCCCAUCCAGAGCGUGACAAAUGGCGACUAGAGAACCCCAAGGAUCACGCGGAGUGGGCGAUUGGCAUCUGCCGGGAGCUGGCGGCGAGCAUCUCCCAGAUGGUGGAGCGCGUGAGUGCCCGGCUUGCCGGAGUGGUCGCGCGGCCUCAGACACACGACAUGCCCGAAUACCUGGAGAAUGCCGAGCAGACAGUGUUCUCCCAAGAGCAGUUGGACCUCGAGAGCUACGACCGAGACAACCACCAGCCUCCGAGGAGCCGACUGCGAACCAGGCACCGAGCGCCGCGCGAGCCGACGCGCCAGAUGCCGAACCUGAACCGCCACUGCCUCCACCUGUGCCUGCGGAGCGUCGACCUCGAGUGGCUCGAGCGACGGCGGCGGCACGGCGACUGCGAUCGCGUCUGCCAGCAGCUGGAGAGGCGGAGCCGGACGAGACAUCAGGCGGCGCCUCGGGAUCGGCGGACGCCAUCGUUGAGGCACCCGUCGCGGAGCAGCCGGCUGCGGCCCCAGCCGCGCCAGCCCGAGGCGUGGAUGCGGGGACGCAGGCUCGAGGAAGUGACGAGCCAGGCUGGGCCGCGUUUGACCUCGGGCACGCGCUUCGACUGCUGCACAGCCCACGCCAGGAAGUCGUUCGGCGCCAGAUUCGACGACUUCAUGUUCGAUUUUGGCACGCUCCAGCAGCUCGCCUCAAGCAUGACGAUCUCUCGGCUCGCGACGGGUUUCAACGAGAUGGUGCAGUGGGACAUCCUCUACAUCGGCGAACAGAUGGGAUGGCUACGCCCUCAUGGCCCCAUGAAGCUGCUGAUUGCUGACAUCGAGGGCGGUCUCCAUGGCGAGGAGGCGUACCAGUGGCUGGACCGCUGGGGCAUUGAGAUGAAGGCCAAAGAGGAGGGCUCGCACGCGCAGCUGGUGGAACGCCAUCACGACCUAGUGCGCAAGAUCAUACACCGCGUGCAGGCCCAGCUUGCGGAAGAAGGCAUUGCGAUGCCGUUGGAGAUCGUGAUCAUGGAGUGUGCCCUCAUCAAGAGCCUCCUCAUCACCGUGGCUGGCUACAGCCCUUACCAGGCGGUGCACGGCCGACUUCCGCCCCUGCUCGCCGAGUUCGAGCCGGUGAGCGACUGCCAGAUCGACGACCAAUCGGCUGGCAUUCCAGGGAUCUCCCGACACCAUCAUCGGCUCCGCGAAGUCGCAAUACAAGCCAUGGUGGAGAUGACCGCGAAGGACAGGCUGAGGCGCGCACUUCGAUCCAAGACGCGCGCCCCGCACGAGGCGCUGCAGCUGGUGGUCGGCGACCAGGUUGACUUCCACCGGCCGCCGAGCACGAAGGAGGAGUCGGGAUGGCGCGGCCCGGCGACCUUGCUGCAGGUCGGACCUCCAGUGCUCAUUCGAUGGCAGGGCCGAGUAUUUCAAGUGCGACCUCAGGACCUUCGGCGAAGCCUCGUUUACUUCGUGAUGUUCACGAAUAACAUCUUCUUCGAGGCAGGAUCGCGCGACCCGGUGGCCACCAUCAUGAGCUACGCGGACCAGCUGGACAGCAAGGUCGUGCGCGUCGGGUGGCUCUUCGACGCCGGGUGGAAGCGGACCGCGGACAGCCAGAAGCUCAGCGAGUUGGUCCUGGCGGUGUUGCACGUUGCCGCCAGUGGCUUCUACCUGGUGGGGUGCAUCGGCGCGCGAGUGGGCAAUGGCGUGUCCGUGCUCGAAGGAAUGGUCGGAUGCGACCACAGCUUCCUGUGGUGGUGGCGGCGCGGACGCCCAGAGCUGUCCUGGUACCACGAGGCGUCGGGAUCUGCCCGACUGAAGUUGGCUCCGAUAUUUGGCAAGGAACACUGGCGGGACGUCAGCUUCGUGCAGUUCAUCAUGACGGAGCCGCCGGAGCUUCAGGAGGAAGACUUCGACAUGACCUGGCAGGACAAGCCGGCGGGGGAGCUCGAGAGAGAUCGCGCUCACGUGAUGGCCCGGACCGUGAUCAUGGAGCCCGAGGGCGACGACGGCGAUUCGGAUAGCGACGCGACCCAGGAGUACUUGUUCGCGAGCUGGCAGCACCUGAAGGAGCAGGCCGCUCUGCCUGCUAUUGACACCGAGUGCGCUCAGAGCGACUUCUUCUUCGCAGCCCCUGACGCAGAUCACGUGUCGGAGGCAGUAGAGGAUGAUUCUUCGAAUUCCCGACCCGACUGCGUCGAGAUCGGCAUAGGUGCGCCGCUCAUGUACUGGGUGCACCCUGAGGUGGAGCACAUACGACGACCUGGGUCAGGGGAGAUCUACAUCCUGCGCGUCUACAACACGGGCAAGCGCGAGACUGUCGUCGAGCGUGAGAUGAACGUGCUCACGCUGGAAGAGGCCCGAGCUCACGAAGUUGAAGUACGUCAGGCCAUGAAGGACCAGGCGACUAACAUCAUCGACUCGCGCUGGGUGCUCAAGUGGAAGGAGAUCGACGGCAAGAAGCAGGUGCGCGCGAGGCUCACGGUGAGAGGCUUCAAGGACAUGCAGUCACCGGAGCUGUCCACUUUUGCGGGUACUACGACACGAUGGGGACAACGACUGGUGAAUCAGGUGACUGCACAGCGCAAGUGGCGAUUAUUCUCAGCGGACAUCAGCCAGGCGUUCUUGCGCGGUCUCACCUUCGAGCAGGUCGCCGCCAUGGACGGCGAGGUCAAGCGGAAGGUACAGUUCACGACGCCGCCGGGAUCGAUCCCAGUCCUCCGGCAGCUGGAGGGCUACGAGGACUACAACCCUGUGACAGAGGUGUUGUUGCUCCUGCGCUGCGGCUUCGGUCUGAAGGACGCGCCGAGGCUGUGGCAGGUCAUGUCGAAGCAAGUGCUGGAGAAGACAGGAGGCAAGGCGCUCAUCAGCGACCCGCAGAUCUACGUGUACCACGACGCGAAGGUCCAGCUGCAGAUGAUCAUGUCCUCGCACGUGGACGACCUCAAGGGCGGCGGCGAGGACUACCUGCGGGAGAAGGUACUGAGCAUGAUCGAGAGCGAGUUUGGGAAGUUGAAGCGCCAGUACGACUGCUUUGAGUGCAUUGGCAUCAUGCACGAGCAGGACGCUGUGACCAAGGCCAUCUGGACGCAUCAGCAGCACUACGUUCAGCAGCUGCGACCGCUCCAGGAAGACCAGUAUGUGAUGGAGAACGAGGAUGGCCAGGUGAGCGUGGAGACCCACGCGGCGUACAUGUCGCUGCUCGGGGGGAUCGCAUGGAUGACGCAGACGAUGGCGCCCAUUGCAGUGUACGUCAGCUAUCUCCAGCGGCAGGCCAAGAAGCCGUCGGUCGGAGACAUCCGGAAGAUCAACAGGCUGCUGAAGUGGAUCAUGGUGAACUCGAAUCAGCUCGGAGUUCGGUUCAUCGAGUUGGACAUGACACGAGUGCGGUUGGCCGUCGUCAGCGACUCAGCCUUCCACGCCAUGGAGAUCGUGAUGCUUGACUGGUACAGCAGAAAGCAGAACAACGUAGUCAGGUCCACCUACGCCGCCGAGCUCAUGGCGUUGUUGGACGCACUCGGCACCGGCACCCUUAUGAAUGUGGCAUUGACCGAGAUCAGUGAAGGAGUAUGCACGGCGAACCAGAUGCGAGUGCGGCAGGAGGCCGGCGACCUAGUAUUGAAGAUGAUCGCGGCCAUCGACGCGGAGGCAGUGUUCGACGCCGUCUCCGCCGCCACCAUCAAGGUGACCACGGACAAGCGUAUGUUCGUGCCGACGCUCGCAGUGCGUGAGCAGAUCGACCGCCUCCAGCUGUCACAGCUCAGCUGGAUCGACACUGUGGACAUGCUGGCGGACGGGCUGACGAAGGGCGAGCUCGACCGGGCGGCCCUCGUGAAGCUGGGCUUCAGCAGUGAGUGGCGCUUGAGCGGGCUGCAGCCAGUGGCCUUCUCAGUGCGCAGUGUGCUGGAGUGCCGCGCAGAGCGCUCGAAUUCCC